CGGAAGUGGAGGCCUGAUCUGCGCGUGUUGGCUAUGGCCGUCAGCGGGGCUGUGGACCCCGGGCCACCGGCGGCUGCUGCUGCUCCCUCGCCCGCCCCGGCCGGGGCUCCAGCCCCCGAGCACUUGUUCCGGCCUAUCAGCGCCGAGGACGAAGAGCAGCAGCCCACCGAGAUCGAGUCGCUGUGUAUGAACUGUUACCGCAAUGGCACGACGCGCCUCCUGCUCACCAAGAUCCCUUUCUUCAGAGAAAUAAUCGUGAGCUCUUUUUCCUGCGAGCACUGUGGCUGGAACAACACCGAGAUCCAGUCGGCCGGCAGGAUCCAGGAUCAGGGAGUGCGCUACACUUUGACCGUCAGGGCCCAGGAGGACAUGAACAGAGAAGUUGUGAAAACGGACUCUGCCACCACAAGGAUCCCGGAGCUGGAUUUUGAAAUUCCUGCCUUCAGUCAGAAGGGAGCUCUGACCACUGUUGAAGGACUGAUCAGCCGUGCUAUCUCUGGCCUGGAGCAGGAUCAGCCUGCCCGAAGGGCAAAUGAAGAAGCUGUAGCUAAAAGAAUUGAUGAGUUCAUUGUCAAACUGAAAGAGCUAAAGCAAGUGGCCUCUCCUUUCACUCUGAUCAUUGAUGAUCCCUCAGGGAACAGCUUUGUGGAAAACCCCCAUGCUCCCCAGAAAGAUCAUGCCCUCGUGGUCACACACUAUAAUCGGACUCCACAGCAGGAAGAAAUGCUGGGGCUCCAGGCUGAGCCGCCACCAGAAGAGAAGCCAGAAGAGGAGGAUCUCAGAAAUGAAGUGCUGCAGUUCAACACAAACUGUCCAGAAUGCAAUGCUCCGGCUCAGACCAACAUGAAGCUAGUUCAAAUCCCGCACUUUAAGGAGGUUAUCAUCAUGGCUACCAACUGUGAGAACUGCGGCCAUCGGACUAAUGAGGUGAAAUCUGGAGGAGCGGUAGAGCCCUUGGGCACCAAGAUCACCUUCCAUAUCACAGAUCCCUUAGAUCUGACCAGAGAUGUGCUCAAGUCUGAGACGUGUAGUGUGGAAAUCCCAGAGCUGGAAUUUGAACUGGGAAUGGCCGUCCUCGGGGGCAAGUUCACCACAUUGGAGGGGCUAUUGAAAGACAUCCAGGAGCUGGUGACCAAGAACCCUUUCACACUGGGUGACAGUUCCAAUCCUGGCCAGAUGGAGAAACUGCAGGAGUUUAGCCGGAAGUUAGACCAGAUCCUUCAGGGUGACAUGAAGGCCCACUUUAUAAUGAAUGAUCCAGCAGGAAACAGCUACUUUCAGAAUGUGUACGCACCUGAAGAUGAUCCUCACAUGAAGGUGGAGCAUUAUGAGCGCACAUUUGCCCAAAACGAGGAUCUAGGGCUCAAUGACAUGAAGACAGAAGACUAUGAGACAGGCCUGGCUCCACAGCGGUAGCAACGGGCAGUUCCUGAGCCAGCCUCCCGUGCUGCUCAGACCGAAGGGUUAUUUAUUGCUAUCGGGAAAGGCUGGAGGGGGGUGUCCUUAGCCCCCAUGUGGGGAGGACACCUGGUCUGAGAGAUAAGGGCAGUUUUGUGAACAGUUUGUGAUGGAAGUGCAAGCCUGUUGCUUUACUUGACUGUAUCUUGGAGGUUCUGAAUUGGCCUGGGAAGAAAUCCUGAAAUGAACCAUGGGACACGUCAUUAUCCCUUUUUUUCCUACCAGCUCUUUACCCUCCCUCCACAUAAUGCUCUGUCUAGGGUUGGAACUCUGAAGAUGGAAGACAGCUACAUCUGGAGUUUGGGAGUUGGCUGGGGAAUAUAAAAUACUGGCUUUACACAGGAAAAGAGUCUUCUGAGGGGGGAAAGUCCAGCACAGGGUAAAAAGCUCUCAUUAAAGUGAUGGCUUUCCAACAGGA